CACCUCCUGUCUGACAGGAAACUUAGUGGAAGCCAGUCAUGUGGGAGGACCACAGGGCAGUGAUUGGAUCUGCCAGACUUAUUGCUCACCAUUACUGAUGUUUAAUGAAUGAGGGCAUGUGGGAGGCUGUACAGUGGUUGAGGCAUGUGUGUGUGGGAUCCUGAGCCAAAGACAGUGGCUUGGUGCCUGGCUGGGAUGUAAAAGAUGUACAUGUAUAGAUUAGGCUGACAAUGGUGGGUCCAGCCAGUGGCUGCAUGGCUGGGCUGUAAUGCACACUCUGUGGUAUAACUGUAGGCGAGUCUACUGAGCAAAUAGAGAUCAAUGGUUCCCAGAGUGGAUCUCCAGAUUUCUUCUGACAGAAAUGGUGUGAUGCCAGAAAACCAGGACCAUUCUUAGUCAGGUGCUUGUGGAAGUAUCCUGCAUCUCCUGACCCCUUGCCCUGGUCUCCCCACCCCAGGGGUACUGUGAAGGUCACCCUGAUCUACUAGUGAGGGAUGAGCGUCUGGACAAGAAUCCAGGAGAUCAGGUCAAUUCUACAGGCAUGGCCCAGAAGGUCACAUUGGUCGACGGUGGGCCUUUCAAGAUGGCAAACAACAUUCCUGUUGUCCGGCAGAUCGACAAACAGUUUUUGAGUUGCGGAAUCUGUUUGGGAAGGUAUAUAAGUCCAAAGGUCCUACCCUGUCUCCAUACGUUUUGUGAGCAGUGCCUGGCCACGUAUAUCCCUGCAGAAAGUUUGUCUGCAACGUGCCCAAUCUGUAGACAACAGUCCAUCCUGCCUAUUGAGGGUGUGUCCGGCCUACAAACUAACUUCUUCAUCGUCAAUCUCAUCGAUGUUCUUGGAGAACACAAGAUAUGUUCGUGCUGUGAAAGUGGUCGUGUCCAGGCUUCUUUAAAGUGCGUUGAGUGCGAGGAAUAUUUGUGUGAGAAUUGCGUGGAACCUCACAAGCAAAUGGCGGAGGCACCGAACAACCAUCAUGUGGUCUCACUGAGCGAGCUGGCGCUCACGGAGAGUGACCACGAACCCAAACUAGUCUGUCCAAAUCAUGACGGGAAAUCCUUCCAGUUUUACUGUGAGCCAUGUGAGACGGCAGUGUGUGAAGACUGUACAGCCCUAGAGCACAUUGACCACCGGACGAUACUGUUAAAAGAUGCGAUGCAGGAGCACCGAGCGGCUUUGCUCAGUCUCAUAUCAGACGCUCGCUCCCAAGUCCCUGCCAUCAAGGAAUCCUUAGAACAGGUCAACGAAGUGUCGUCCAUGUUGACCAAACGAUUCAAAGACGCUGAGGGGAGGAUCUGCGAUGCUUUCCAGACGCUGAGCAAAAUGAUGGCCGAACGUAAAGCUUUACUCCUUUCCGAACUAGAGUCUGUCUACAAUAUGAAGCAGCAGACCCUUAAAGACCAACGAGAAUCUCUUGAGGGAAUUCUGUCUAAGAUUAACAGUAGUUCUGAAUUCACGGAGGAGACGCUGGAGCAUGGCACAGACACGGAGAUCCUUCUGGUAAGGAAGGAGAUGGCGGAGAAACUCCAGGAGCUAGGGGCUCUACAGGUCCAGUUUCAACCAGAAGAAAACUCUAGCAUUUGGUUCGACAACACUUCGCUGCACACGGCCAAAAAAUGCGUGUACAACCUGGGCCAUGUGCAGUCCAAUAGCGCAGUUGCUUUUGAAACGACGGCCACUGGUGACGGACUUAAGACGUGUUAUAUCGGCCGGCCCACGGUCAUCUCAAUCACCACGAAGGACCGGAAAGGGGAACUAGUCAAAGUAGGCGAGGCGGCCAUUACCGCUAUCCUGACAGCCAGGAAUGGGGAUCUCAUCGAACCUUAUUUGUCCGACAACAAAAACGGAACUUAUGAUCUCACCUACGUAGUCAAAACGGAAGGCACAUAUCAACUUGAAAUUAAUCUCUAUGACCAAGAAAUCAAGGGCUCUCCAUUCUGCAUUAAAGCUUGUGCCGGCGGAGAAGAACUCGAUCAACUAGGAAGUAACAAACCUCUAAAGACGGUCGCCGUGAAGCAGAAGGGAACAAAGCGACCAUCAAGUUCCAGAUCUCAUGGUUCGAAUCGCAGGAGCAAUCCCAUCGAAGAUGACCUGAACAUGAAAUUAGGUCAGAAAGGUAGGAACAAAGGGGAAUUCACGAAUCCCCAAGGUUGUUGUGUAACUAGCACUGGAAAGGUUCUUGUCGCGGAUAGUAAUAACCAGUGUGUGCAGGUGUUCUCUCUGAACGGCGAGUGCAAACUUCGUUUUGGGUCACCGGGUCGCGUGGCCGGCAAGAUGCAAAGGCCGACAGGAGUGGCUCUGACCAUCAAUGGCAAUUAUCUGGUGGCCGAUUACGACAACAAGUGGGUCAGUGUGUUCUCCCCAGAGGGCAAGUACAUAAAUAAGAUCGGAACAGGAAAGCUUCUGGGCCCUAAAGGCAUCGCGGUGGAUAAAGACGGACACAUCAUCGUCGUCGACAACAAAGCUAGCAGUAUUUUCAUUUUCCAGUCCAACGGCAAAUUGAUUCAGAAGUUUGGCUCAAGGGGAAACAACGAGCACCAGUUUGCUGGACCCCACUACGUGGCUGUUAACUCAAAAAAUGACAUCAUAGUUUCGGAUUUCCAUAACCACUGUAUUAAAGUGUUCAACCACGAGGGUAAUUAUAUGUUCAGCUUUGGUUCCAAUGGUGAAGGUAAUGGUCAAUUCAACGCUCCGACAGGUGUCGCUGUUGACAAUUACGACAACGUUCUGGUCGCUGAUUGGGGCAAUUCCAGGAUCCAGGUGUUUGACAGUGGUGGUUCCUUUUUGUCCUACAUCAACACAAGCGCUGAGCCGCUCUACGGACCCCAGGGGCUGUGUAUAACCCCUGACGGACAGGUGCUCGUGGCAGACUCGGGCAACCACUGCAUCAAAUGCUACAAGUAUCUUCAGUGAUGUCGUCAGCGUAAAGACAAUCCUGCCGAUGACAGCAUCCAUCCCCAAUGCCAGUGGGACACAUGCUUGUGAUUAGUGUUGUACUGUAUAUGUGCUAGUGCUGUGCUUGUCGUCAGUGAAUCGUCUGUGGUCGUAACUAAAUGAUGCUUUGACGUGAAGAUGUCAUAUAAUGUGGCCUAUGUGCAAUAUGAGAAUUUAAAAAUGUAAAGUCACUAUACAUCUGAUUAGGUUAUCUGAGGUCUGAAUAGAGAUCUACCCGUUUAUGAAUGUCCAGAUUUCAAGUGUUGGGUAUCUAAAGGCAAGUUGGAAGCCGAAUGGGUGUGCAGUAAUAUUAACAUUUGCCUUGUAAUAUUUCUGUACAUACGGAACAUUGGGCUUGUGAAAGUCAGGGCUAUUUGAGGGACCUACUGUGAUGUAUACAUUCCGGAAUCGAGCGUGCUUAUUCUUACCGAAUUCACAUUUGUUCGAUUCAUUUCCAGUAGAGAAAAUAGAAUUUCCAGUGUUCCAAAGGCUACUUGUAAGAUAUAUGUUCUUGACCCUUCCUUCGUCAUAUUUGGUGUAUAAAUAUAUGAACUGUUCAUCUGUCGCUAACUAGCUCGCAUUGCCAACAGCAUGUCUAUCGUCUGUAUUGGAUCUAAAUGUUUACACUUCAUAAAACAUGUGGACAGCACGUCAGCAGUGUGCGUGUUUUUAUCCAUUGAUAGGCAGAAGUGAAGAUUGCGUGAUGUUUUGUGUACACCCCUUACACUACUGUGAACAAAAACCCAGCACUUGUUCAGGUGUGUGCCGUUUUUUGCCUUAUCCUGCUUGCUGGUUCGUGCUGUAUACGAUGCUCUUUUAGGCAAACAGCAUGCUUUGCACUGCAUAGCUUGCACUUUUUAUCUACCUCAUUUAAGUUGGGCGGUUAUUGGUAAACGUCACUACAAUUGGAGUGCAGUAGGUUUCCGUGCGGUUCGAUUCAUUAAAUGCGUUCUUGUGUAACUGUUGUGUCUGUUGCUGAGUGUACGCCAGACCCGUUCUGCCCUGGCCGCCUAGGGGAACACCCAUAUUUGGUACACCCCAUUCACGCCAUGGAUUGUUCUGGAGCGUAAUUAAUGCCAUGGGAAAUCCCCAUGCAGGACUUCCUUCCUGAUGGAUACCCUAUCUGAAUGUGCACUAGAAUAAGUCUAAAUUUACUGUAUAAUACAUCAACUUGAUCUGUAGUUGAGGUGUUUAGUAAAGUUUGCCAAGAAGGGAUCUUAGGUUGAAAAUGGUCUGCUCCGCAAGAUUAGAAAUAUGGCAAGCUGUUUGCAAUUUCAAGGGAAUUAUUCCCUUAGUUGUUCUACCAUUGUAUUCUACGAUUCAUGUAGUAGGGUUAAGGUAAGGGAUCUUAUUUUGAAAAUGGUAUCCUUGCCCGCAAAAGACAUUCUAGCUAUGUGGAAUUUAAAGGGACUAAUCCGUUACUUGUACUGUGCGACAGUUGUAUUGUACGAUAUUCUUUACCCUCAGCAGGAUAUAGAUGAGAGAUCUUUGGUUGAAAAUGUUAUCCUUGACCGCAAAAAAACAGUGUGCAAUUUCAGAGGAACGAUGCCGUUAGUUGAAUGACAACUGUACUUUUCGAGACACUAGCCAAAUUUGUAUUUGUAUUUGGUGUUGGUAAUGAAUGCUACCAUCGGGCGUUAUUUCUGCUGUUUGUUUUGUUUACCCGUUGUGUAAAACUUGGCUCAACUGUUCCACUCAGAAGGUAUAAGGGAUGCAUUAAUGUGCUAUAGAUUAUGUUUGUUGAGACCUUUGUAUAGUAUAUUUGAAACCUUUGUAUUGUUUCUUUUGCCACUACAUGUGAUAUGUAACCAGAUAAAAUUUGUUAGUGUCUUGAGGUGGAACUGUCGUAGCAGGUGGUACCCUCGUUUAACAGGUGUCGUUAGUUUAAAGGCUCUGUUAAAUCGGUACCUCAGAGAAAUCGUCCCUUCCAUUAAAGUUCACGAUUAUUUCCGUAAAAAGGCGGAGGAAGUCUUCCUCAAUUUACCCUUUAUUUCUAUCUGUUUAAACAUAAACGGAUGUGACGGUUAAUCCUUGUUUUUUGGGUAUUGCAAGUACAAAGUAAUUUAAUAGUUCGGGCAGGGUAUAAAAUGCGUCAAACGUACUGAGGAAGGAAGCCGGAUCCCCUAAAAUAACGCUUUCCAGACACGGAUCCCUAAACAUACCCAGUCCCCCGAAAGUCAACCGAACCUCCCCCACCCACCUACCCUCAAACCAGAUCCAGCGGCGACCUUCACACAUUCGUGUAAAUAUCUAUUGUGACAAAUCUAACGCCAUGCUGCUAAUGUGAUACGCAAAAGCUUUCUAGAGUUCAAUAAAGUCCUAAUUGUGU